GUUUCCCGGACUAAAUGCGUUGAUUACGGGAAGCUAUUGCCUCAGAAACUUUAGAAUUUGUCAUAUUGCACGGGGUUUACGGCCGUCGAAAUGGUUGUUACGUGCGAGAUCAGCUUCGAUAAUAAUAAGCACGGCACCUUCUACGCCGGUCAGCUGGUCAGCGGUUGUGUGACCCUUAAGUCCGAUAAAGUCAAGGAGGUGCAAGCUGCGAUAGUCAAAGUCGUUGGCUACUCCAUAACAAAGUGGAGCGAAAGACGUCUGGCAUCAACAAAACUAUUCUCGGGCCGAGAGGAUUAUCUAGCAUCGCAAACAUAUCUAGUUGGCUCUGAGCAAAGCAACGACAGGCACUCCAUUCCGGCGGGUGUGCACACAUACAAUUUCGCCUGCCAGCUGCCCUAUCAGUGUCCCACGUCCUUUGAGGGUCGCUAUGGCUGCAUACGCUACAUAGUCAAGGUGCUGCUGCUCCGGCCGUGGAAAUUCGAUCAGGCCUAUACACAUGGCAUCACUGUGCUGAAAAUGAUGGAUCUUAACGUGGAGACGCCGCAACUGAGAUUAGCUGCGCACAGCGAGAACUACAGAACCUUUUGCUGCGGACCUUUCAAGACUGCGCCCGUCAAAAUGGAGCUGCACCUGCCCCAGUCGGGCUAUGUGCCCGGCCAGCGAAUACCCGUCACGGUGGUCGUGAUCAAUAACAGUGGCGUAUCCGUCUCUGAGCUGCGGCUCUCACUGGUGAUGCUCAUCCGUUAUUUCAGUAUUACGCCGGAGCACUCGCGCGUGGAUCGCAUUGUGAUUGGCAAGAUCCAGGGGGACUCUGUGCUGAAGCGAAGCACGGUUUCGCUGACCAUCGAUAUGGAGGUGCCCAGCACGCCGCCCACCUGCCUCAACGUCUGCAAUCUGAUACAGAUUGCCUAUCAGCUGGAGGUGGAGGCGUUGAUCAAGAGCCUGCGGGAGCAGCAGCUGAUUAGCAUGCCCAUUACGAUUGGCACCUGGCCGCUGGCCCUGAAGACCUCCUCGGGGAAGGAUGUUGUGCUGCAGCAGCCGCCAAGGCGCAGCGCGCGGUAUGAGCCACAGCAAGACGAGUUGCCCAUGAUCACGGCGCUAGAGAAUCAGCUGAAUUCGCCAGAUACAGCUCUGCCCAAGUUUGUGGAGUCAAAGCACACGUUGCGCGGCAACAUCAACGAGGAGGAGCUGCAUGCCUUCGGAGUCAACGAAUUUGCACCCUUAUAUCCUGUCUACGACAUUCCAAGUCCUCCCCCAGCUGUUCCGCUCAACGGUUACAUUAACAAAAGCUUUCAAAACGAAACAUGAAAGCUCGAGAUUUUGAUUUUCUUUUUAAAUAUAAAAUAGGAAUUGUUGAA